AAAACCUGUUUCUUUUAAAUUGUCUUUAUGAGAAUCAGACAAUCCGUGCUAGUGAAAGGUGUCAAUAUGUUUCGAUAUCUCACGGGACUUUUACUGUGGACUAUCGUAGCGGGUUUGCACGAGGCGCCCUACCAGACUACCACGGCGGCGUUACCGCGAUACCCGAGCGGAGGAGCCUGCCACGAUUCAUAUUACCAGUGUGAUGAGUAUAAUCCGUGUUAUGAGAAGGAGGUGUGUGUACAGGGAUGUUGUGUAAACGCCACAUGCGGGGGUCCGGAGUAUUACUGCUUCUCAAACGGAGAAUACCAGUGUUAUGAAAACGAGGUCUGCGGCGCGACGACCGGAUGUUGUGAGACGAAUCCCGGGGCCCAGAAUGCGGCGUACGCCACCACUGUACCCCCAUACAACCCCGCCUACCAAGCGUAUACCACCACAGUACGACCGUACGCCGGUCAGUACCAGCAGUAUGCUACAACCGUGCCACCGUACGUCCAACCCCACCAACAACAUGCUGCCCAUCAGGGCCACAGACCCGGUCAACAAGCCCCCCACCAGCCCGCGGGACACGGCGCCGGUCACCAUGGGCCAACGGCGGGCUACCCCCCGUGUGACGCCUAUUACCACUGCACCAGCAUCUCAGACUGUUACGAGGGGGAGACGUGUACGAGCGGAUGUUGUUCGUCCGGCCUACAUGUAUAAAGCGUCCUCUACAUGUAUAAGGCGCUCUCAACAUGUAUAAAGCGCCCGUGCUCGCAAUAUCAUUUUGUACAGUGUGGUCUAGUUCUUGUUAUUUAUUUUUUUACUUACUCAUAAACGUUGGACUUUAUAUCAAACUUUGGUGUUUUUUACGAUCAGUUGAACCGCAAGUGCUCGGGACCUUCCGUGGUUUCCAAUUUAAAAGUCUAGCACGAUUGUCACGAUUUAGCCAUAAUAAGGUCUUAAUCAGCAUACUCAUUAAACUCUAAUUGCUUAAAGUUAAUUGCAAUGUGUUCCUUUAUUCAAGACAUUUGCAUUUUUGAUCGACAGGAAUUGAUGAUUUUUUUUAGACUUAUAUAAGUUCUACUCUAAGUCUUUUUAUUCAAAUGAUAAAUAACUUAAGCCCCCACUAGUCUAAUUAUCUGUCAAAUAUUAAUUUUCAAGACUUUCGUGAUAAGAACAUAUCUCGGAAAAUAUUUAUUACCGGGAAAAAUAAUAAAUUUGUAUUUUUAAUAUAUGUUUAUAUAAUCAUCUUUUUCAUGUCUUCAGAUAAUCUAAGUUUUUUUUUGGUAAUUGCUGAAAAGCGACACCGCUUUAAAACAUGCAUUAUGCUUUUUCUGAUGUU